CUGCAGCCUAUCACCUCUCACAGCACGCACUCCUCCAAGGCUUUUCGUUCUACUUCACCACCCUCUCCCUGAUCCAACCAUGGCUGCCACAAUGGCCCUCUCCUCCCCCUCCCUCGCUGGCAAGGCCGUCAAGCUCGCUCCCUCGGCCUCCGACAUCCUCGGCGAAGGCCGCAUCACCAUGCGCAAGAGUGCCGCCAGGUCCAAGCCCGUCUCCUCCGGCAGCCCCUGGUACGGCCCCGACCGCGUCAAGUACCUCGGCCCCUUCUCCGGCGAGCCCCCCUCCUACCUGACCGGUGAGUUCCCUGGCGACUACGGCUGGGACACCGCCGGCCUCUCCGCCGACCCCGAGACCUUCGCCAAGAACCGGGAGCUGGAGGUCAUCCACUGCCGCUGGGCCAUGCUCGGCGCCCUCGGCUGCGUCUUCCCCGAGCUCCUCGCCCGCAACGGCGUCAAGUUCGGCGAGGCCGUCUGGUUCAAGGCCGGCGCGCAGAUCUUUAGCGAGGGCGGCUUGGACUACCUCGGCAACCCCAGCCUGAUCCACGCCCAGAGCAUCCUCGCCAUCUGGGCCUGCCAGGUCAUCCUGAUGGGCGCCGUCGAGGGCUACCGUAUCGCCGGUGGCCCGCUCGGCGAGGUGACCGACCCCCUCUACCCCGGCGGCAGCUUCGACCCCCUCGGCCUCGCCGACGACCCGGAGGCGUUCGCAGAGCUCAAGGUGAAGGAGAUCAAGAACGGAAGGCUGGCCAUGUUCUCCAUGUUCGGGUUCUUCGUGCAGGCCAUCGUCACAGGGAAGGGGCCGCUGGAGAACCUGGCGGACCACCUGGCGGAUCCGGUGAACAACAACGCUUGGGCCUACGCCACCAACUUUGUCCCCGGGAAGUGAGAGGACAUGCAUGCUUCAGCUCCCGCUAUCAUUUCCCACCGAGCCUCCUUUGUGCUCUCAUGAACGUAUCUGUAAAUUAAUCUGAUGCUUUGUGUUUUCUCGUA